AUGUCCAAAGAAUAAGAAUUACAAACCAAAAUUAAAAGCCUCGAAGAUGACAUUCAAAAUAGACAUAGACAAAUAGUAUCACUUACUGAUAAAGUAGAAGAAUUGCAACGAUCCAUCUAAAACAAUUCAGAAGUAGUGGAACUUGGAGAGAAGGUGAGAAUGCUUGAAUCUCAAAACCUUAAACUCAUAGAAAAGAAUCAAAGUGAUGUUGUGGAAUGGCGAUCGAAAGAAAGAGAUUUCAAUAAUCAAAUCCAAGCACUCCAACGCAAAUUGAAUGAAGUCGAAGUUCAACUGACUGAGGCUAAGGAUCUCAAUUAACAACUCAUUGCUAAGUCUGGAGAAAACAGCAAUUCUGAAUCGCAGUUACAAUAAAUCACCUAGCAUUAUGAACAUCUUCUCAGCGAAAAAGAUGCUUAACUCAAAGAGAGAGAUACUAAGAUCUACAAUCACGAAUAAAUGAUUCCACAAUUGCAGAAAGACUUAGAAGAAAGAGAUUAAUCAAUCAAAUCAUUGAAUGAACAAUUAAAAAGCCAAAAAUAGCAAUUGUCUCUAUUGACUCAAUAGAAUGGCAAUCUUAACACUCUUACUACUGAACUCAAUAAUUUAAAACUACUAAAAGACAAUUUGCUGAAUGAUAAUUAAACACUCAACUCUUAACUCCUAUAACUAAACACUACCAACGCUGACUUAUUAAAUACACUCAAACUUACAGAAGAUCAAAACAAAGCCAAUUCUAAGCAAAUCCUUGAUCUUUAGAAUGAAUUG